AUGGCCGAAUCAAAACGUAAGCCGAGAUAUUCAAUAGACGAAUUGCAAAUACUAGCACAAGAGGUAAAUACACAUAAAAAUAUUCUCUUUGGUAAAUUCAGUGAUGUCUUGUCAAUGGAAAAAAAGCAAAAGGCAUGGGCAGAAAUAACGAGAUGUAUAAAUGCUGUUUCACAGACCGUCCGAACGGUAGAUGAUAUUAGAAAAAAAUGGAACGACUGGUCGAGUGUUACUAAAGGAAAGGCGGCAAAGCGGAGGCAAUCUUUAAACAAGACUGGCAGCGGACAGCCUGAUACUAAACCACUGACUGAAUUAGAGGAACUCGUAGUUUCUAUAAUUGGCGAGACUGCCGUAGGUGGAUUUAAGGGAGGGAUAGAUACAGCUCUUGUUUCUGAAGAAGCAGACUUUUGCGCCGAUGAGGGUAAAUUAGAGUCAUCAAGUUACGAUCAUGCUAAACCGGAAAGUUACGAUCAUGCUAAACCGGAACAUAGUCUCAUACUCACACGACACUUGCAGUAUCCGGUCUGUCUGUCGUCUAGCAGUAUAGACCUGUCAUGCGAUGAAAAUCCUGAUUGCCUUGAUAAUAUCAGUUGUGCUAAUAAACCUACGAAAACGAUUCCUUUUAAAAAGAGAAAAGUCGUUGCAACUGCAUCUGCUGAAAGCUAUGAAACUGACGUAACUUCAAUUGAGAGAGAAAAACUUAAGAUAGACAAUGCACGACUAGAAACUGAGGAAAAACGUCUAGAAAUAGAACAACAAAGACUGAAAAUUGAGCAGCAACGGCUGCAAGUGGAGACAGACAUUUUGAACAUUCUACUUUGUCAAGGCCAAUAUUCUAGCCGAGCAUCAUCUCAAUACCCGGCACAAAACCUGGGGCACGAUAACUCUACCUCAUUCUUCCGGCUAUAG